AUGUCUUUCAACCAGCUGUCGCCGAAACCCGGGUGGGCCCAGCCCGGACCCAGGCAAGCCAUCCCGCAGCACGGUCUCCCGACGUAUGAGAGCGGGUAUUUCGCCGAGACCCAGGACACUGGGGAAAGCAUGUCUCUCAUGGUGCGUUGCCUCCAUCUCCACACCUUUCUUUGUCUCAGGGGAGAACAGCACAGGGGCCGGGAAACUAAUGUUUGGUUUGCGGGAAAGGCCGGAGCAGGGUAUUCGCUGACAGGCAACCGGACGUCGCGGUCCGCCUUCUCGUCUUUCUCGCACUAUCCCACUUCCACGGAACUGAGGGGCGUUUCUCUGUUUUCCGACGCAAACGUCCCAGCGUCCGACCCCCUGGACUCAUCUUACUGGCAGAUGGUCCCACAUGGGGUCUCUGCUCUCUCUCCGUUUGCACAAGGCGGAGACCCAAUUUGGGACCACUCGCUCCCAGGCAUCUCUUCGAACCUCGAGUAUAGCCAGUACACUUGGGAUGUCCACACCAGCGCUUUCCCGCAAACGCCCUUUCGGCCCGGCGAUGCACUUCAACACUUGUCGCUGCCACCAAUGUUCGAGAGUGACUUGAGCACAAACUCCAAAUUGUAUGCAUCGUCGGGCAGGCUGGAAAACAUGGCGCUCGACGACCCGGAACACCCGAUAUGGGAUGCGUCCCCCGGGGUUCGAGCCGUGUACGAGGAAGCACCGUACACCAAGACGGAGCCAGGCCAAUCCGACGACGACAAGACCGUGUCUCCCAAGCUGCUCCGGAUCCGCCAGACUCCCACCCCGUCUUCGUCCUGCGAGUCCUUGCACACGAGCUUCCUCUCCGACGCUCACCUCCACGAGCCGCCCAAUGCCAUGGAGGCUCUGCCUUCUGUGGAGGUGCCGCUGCCGUCCACCGCCCCGAAGCUGCGCAAGCAGCUCCCAAACGCGCCAACCCACAGUCUGCGAUCCCUGCCUUAUGUCAACAACACGCACCGGCGCGCAUCCCCAACCGAUUCCGACUUUUCUUCCACUGCCUCGGUCAACUUCGACCGGCGGCCGCACCCCAGGGCCAGGCACGCGGAGUCGGAGUCAUCCUCGUCAUCGUCGUUGUCGUCGUCGCCCGUGCCGAUUCGGCCUCCGAAGCCCCUUCCCAGCCACCUCCGCAGGCCGCCUAGGGCCUGGGAACCGGUCAAGCUGACGGACCGGAAGUCCAAGGACGAGUUUCUGGUCAAGCACAAGCAGCAGGGCAUGACGUACAAGGAGAUACGGCGGCUGGGGGGGUUCAUCGAGGCCGAGUCGACGCUGCGCGGGCGGUACCGCACGCUGACCAAGAGCCGCGAGGAAAGGGUGCGCAAGCCCGAGUGGUCCGAGAAGGAUGUGAGUGUUGGUCCGUGUUGGGAAUCCCUGUUCCCCUGA